UGAUCGAUCACCAAACGCUUUGGUUAACGUUUUGGUCCAUAGUUACAAGUUCAUAAUGGAUUUCCGGGCUGAAGUUUGUACAUUUGCAAGGCCAGCGGCAAUGUUCAAAACAUUACGACGCCUUCACGGUUACAAUUUGGAAAAUCGUGGUUUGAAUGAUCUCUCCGAAUCAUUUCAAAAUUUUGUUACACGAGCCAGAUUCUUCAGUAUUGGUCGAUUAAGGCGUACAUGGUCUCAUUCGGCAGUCGAAUUUUUGAAGUAUCGACGCUUAUUACCGAUGCUUACAUCUGAUGAACAAGGCUUUAAUACCGUUGAUUGUGAUUUAAAUCUUGGUCUAUCGAUGUCAGCGUCUCCGACACGGACAAGAGAACGUGGCAGUUCACUUCAGCGGUCAAAAAAUGAAGAUCGAAAAAUUCUCGUUACGAAUAUUUCCCGACGUGUCACGGCUAAUCAGCUUAAAUCAUUUUUUUCAAAGUUUGGCCAUAUCACAAGUUGUUAUAUGCCGUCGGAAGAACGUGAGCAUUCGCUUUACGCUACAUUACCAAAAAAAUCUCGAUCAAACUUGACUGCCUGCAUCACCUUCAAAUGUGUGGAAGGUGCAGAGCGAGCGAAGAAUGCAGCUCCAGAUGAACUGAGAUUUUAUGAUCAAGUGAUGUUGAUAUCACAGUUAUCAAUUAAAAAAAAAGUGUCACUGACAAUGUAAUUGAAAAGACAAAUGUCUGUCCAGUCUCAGAUGAUCUUUCGAACAAUGUAGCAACAGUUGCAUCGCGGAGCACAUCAUUAUGU